GGCACGUGUGCCAGAAAGUCGCCGUCCUCCGGGGCCCUUCCGGCAGGAAAUCCCCGAGUCCGGGAGGGCGGGGGUGCCGGCCCUCUAGGUCGCCAUGGCUACCGAGCCUGUAGCUGCGGAGUCCGCGGUGCCGUCGCUCGUGGAUCGCUACUUUACUCGCUGGUACAAAGCGGAUGUCAAAGGAAAACCCUGUGAGGACCACUGUAUACUACAGCAUUCUAACCGAAUAUGUGUCAUCACACUCGCAGGAUCUCAUCCAGUUCUUCAAAGUGGAAAAACAAUCAAAAGCAUUUCCUAUCAAAUCAGUACCAACUGUAGCAGACUUCAGAACAAGGUUUCUGGGAAGUUUAAGCGGGGGGCACAGUUUCUAACAGAACUGGCACCUCUGUGUAAGAUUUAUUGCUCAGAUGGAGAAGAAUAUACCAUAUCCAGCUGUGUUAGAGGUCGGCUGAUGGAAGUGAAUGAAAACAUCCUCCAUGAGCCAUCUAUCCUUCAAGAGAAGCCAUCCACUGAAGGCUACAUUGCAGUUGUGCUGCCCAAAUUUGAAGAAAGUAAAAGCAUCACAGAAGGGUUACUGACCCAAGAACAGUAUGAAGAAGUGCUGGUGAAACGCAUUAAUGCCACAACAGCCACAUCGUGAGGACCAACAUGGAGCAAAAUGACAUGGGACUCUCACUCCUGCCUGGCCCACGGGAUCAGUGUGCUAAGGAACAAGCCCCCAGGAGGCAUAUUUCACACCAGCCAUCCGCAGGCGGCCUGAGCCUUCACUUAACCUACUUUUCUUUGUUUACCUGUGUAACAAGUCUUGGUUCCCUUUUGUCUUCAGCUUCCUAGAUCUGCCCUGCCCAUGUACUCAUUCUCUUCAUUUGCUGCUCUGUAACUGGCAAGCAAGGGAUGUAUUUCUGAUUAAAAACAAACAAAGCACUUGAAGAAAUUUAGGAAAAAACAGGAAAAUUUUAAGUAGCAAAGUAAAAUAAUUUUCUCAUUCUAUAAUCUAGAAGUUAAAUACUAUUUUGACAUGUUUUUCCAUAAAUACUGAGGCAUGCCUCAUUUUCCAUUUGUUGGAAGUUUUUAUAAAAUCUAGCUGGUCCUGGGCCUCCCCAGUGGCGCAGUGGUUGAGCGCUGGGUUGCGAAGCUGCCCGCAGCCUCUGCGGCGCCGGUUAGAUCCCCGGCUGCUCCCCGGCCACCAGAGGAGGGUCCCACAUGGCACGCAGACCUCUCCUGCCGCCCGCUGCUCCCCUCAGCAGUGUACUUCGGUCCUUCUGCCUGCUCUGCUCCCCACUCUGGCUCUGGUGAAUUCUCUCACCCUCCCGCGCUUCUGACUGUACCCAGUGCUUGUAUAAAUAAAUAAAGAUAAAU